AUGCUCUAUGAUAUCGUCCUGGUUAAGUGGAGCAGGCCCGCUCACAUGUCCGAAUACGUGAACACUAUCUGUAUCGAGCCCAACUACACCGCGCCCGAUCACAGCCACUGCGUCACUGCGGGAUGGGGAGACUUGGUGGAAGGGGGUGUGUGCUCUGAAAUGCCGCACCAUGCUAGCGUGCAGAUUGUGCCCACUUAUGUUUGCGCUGACCUGUACAAUCUACUUCCGGAGAACCACACCGUCGCCAUUGCGGACUCUUUUAUUUGCGCCAGCACUGAGGGAAGAGACUCCUGUCAGGUAGAUUUGAAUAUCCCACAUUUGUAG